AUGGCUGAUGGAAAUAUAACACCUGACGUUCUAGAACAUUUAUCUCAAAGAACUACACAGAACCAUAGAGAUGGUAUAUUUGGUGAAGAGUUUAGAAAGAAAGUUAGGGAGGGAGAAGGAAGAGAACCUAUUGUACAUGACCUUGCAAACGAAAGUUUACAAAAUGUCAUAAAAACUUACUUUGCAGACAAUGAACCGAGAAGGGAUGAAUAUUUAAGAAAACUCAAAUGGACAGUACCAAAUGAAAUGUUAGUAUUGAAAAACAUGUUCCUUGACAAAAUAAAACCAACUACAGAAAUAAACGACGCAAGACUGAAAGAUUGGGUAAAAGCUUUCCCAUUCACAAAAGAUAUAGUUGGUAACAUGGAAAGAAAACCAGAAUGGCUACAAAAACAUAUAUUUGGAAACGAGCUUAUUCCAUAUGGACAGGCACUGUUUGAAGAGCUUGAACCAGAAACUCAGGAAAGAGUCAUGCAAACAAUACGCGAAGACUCAAAUACAGACUAUGACAAACUCUUUCUAGGAUAUAGGUUACCUGAGAUGGGCGACCAGAGCCAAAAGGCAAAAAGGACAUGGGAAAUUUGCAACAUACUAGAUGAACAUAAUGCAAAGAUGCAACAACUUCAAGCAGAGGGCAAUGAAGGAAAAAGAAGAGUUAAAAACUCAGUCAGGAAGAAAGUAAAGCUUGGUCCACGUGGGUUCUAUUAUGACAUAUAA